AUGAUCUUGGCUAUUUUAGGUAAUUUAACGUUACUAAUUGUGGUCACGCAAAAUACAACCGGAAGAUUAAAAAAUGUGACCAAUAUCUUUAUCUGCAAUUUAGCCAUAGCAGACUUCUUUAUUGCCUUGUUAGUUAUCCCUUAUCGUCUAUGUGCUUAUAUCUUUGUGCGCUGGCCAUUAGGUGCAUUUCUAUGUUUCAUUAUGCCUGCCGCUGAAAAAAUCUUGUUCACAGUAUCUAUAUUUCAAAUGUUAGCCAUGGCUGCUGCUCGCUAUGUGGCUAUCGUUCAUCCACUAAGACAACAAUUGCAUGAAAGAGGAGCAUUUAUUGUCAUUUUCAUUGUAUGGUUAUUAGCAAUUGCGUCGAAUGCACCAUUAUUU